AUGGCUGAUCUCCGCAGGGAGGCCACCUCCGGUUCUCGGUUCUUUAAAGCCCGAAUGGUGGAGGCCGCCGGGCCGUCGACACUUGCCACCCUGGGGCCGAUCGUCAAGUUGCUCCUCGAUGGCGACAACGAUGAGGAUGGUGCCCGAUAG